CCCCACACUUAGCGGAAACUUGUCAGAGAAUGCUCCUAAAGUCUGGUUUUCUCCUGCUGCUGGUGAUCAGUGCGUCUGCGUCCUAUGAAGCUGAACAGAAUGACUCUGUGAGCCCCAGGAAACCCAGGGUUGCAGUCCAGAACUCAGCAGAAGUGGUUCGGUGCCUGAACAGUGCCCUCCAGGUGGGCUGUGGGGCCUUUGCCUGCCUGGAAAAUUCCACGUGUGACACGGAUGGGAUGUAUGACAUCUGCAAGUCCUUCCUCUACAGUGCUGCUAAAUUUGACACUCAGGGAAAAGCUUUUGUGAAAGAAAGCCUGAAGUGCAUUGCCAACGGGGUGACAUCCAAGGUGUUCCUUGCCAUCCGGAGAUGCUCCACUUUCCAGAGGAUGAUCUCGGAGGUGCAGGAGGAAUGCUACAGCAAGCUGGACAUGUGUGGCAUUGCCAAAAGGAACCCUGAAGCCAUCACAGAAGUGGUGCAGCUCCCAAAUCAGUUCUCAAACCGGUAUUACAACAAGCUGGUGAGGAGCUUAUUGGAGUGCGACGAGGAGACCGUCAGCACCAUCAAGGACAGCUUGAUGGAGAAGAUCGGGCCCAACAUGGCCAGCCUCUUCCACCUCCUGCAGACAGAUCACUGCUCCCAGGGCCACCCCCGGGCUGACUUCUCCAGGAGAAGGAUCACGGAGCCUCAGAAGCUCAAACUCUACUUCAGGAACCUGCGAGGUGAGGGCUCCCUCCCAGCCCACGCCAAGCGCGGCUCCGCCGAAAGCUCCUAAAGCCCCCGGGUUGGGGAGCGGCGCUGGGUGUGGAAGGGAUGCUAAGCACUACCAAAGCUGAAGUCUCUCUUCUAGAAGAGUCAUGCACCCAAACCCAAGUGUACUGUAGCUAGUUUUCAUGCCAACUAGGGACUGGUUUUAGAUUUAGUCAUUUUAAGGUUUUCUAUUCCUCUCAAACAACAAGAAAAAAAA